AUGGCUAAUCAACACAUUAGAGAUCUGGACGUUGCUUCCGCGUCAAAAGAAAUUCGGCUAGGAUCUUCGCUUCAAUUGAAAGUUUUUUUGAGGACUUACGAAUUGGAUGUCGACAGCUUUUCCAUGCAAACAAACGUUGUGAAUUAUCUGACAGAGAAUUGCGUAGAUGAUGGAGAGGAAUUUAGCAGUAACUGGAAUUGUGCUCAUUGCGCCCACAAACACUAUGAUGAUUUUGAACAUCUUCUCUCGGUCUCAAUUUCUUAUGAUGCAGCUGUAGAUUUCUGUAAUGAAUUAUACGAAAUUGUUAUGAACAAGCGCUUUGACAAAAACCAUUUACUUGCUGAAUGGAAGGGCCGCUGGGAUAAGGAGGUUUGUAAAAGUCGGGCUGGUGUUUCCUCUUUUUUCUCAUUCUUUCAUCUCUCUAGAAAAAGAAGGGAAGUCCAUUUUCGUAUUUUAGAGUUUGCCAAUCGAAUGUGCUGA